UAAACCCCCAGAACCUUCUCCUCCCCCGCCGCCGCCGACAAAACCCUAGACCCCCACCCCCGGAAUGGCCCUCGCGCUGCGCCUCCGGCGGGCCCUUGCCGCCGCCUCCACCGCGGCGCCCCUCCUCCGCCCGUCCGCCUCCCUUGCCCGUCCCGUCCCCUUCGCGCCUCCCUCCGCCUCUCCGGCGGCGCCGCUCCCGCGGGCGCCGUGGCGGCUCCUCCCCGGCGGCGCCGCCGGGUUCCGGUCGACGGCCGCGGUGGCGGCGCGCGGCGGGGCGGACUACGGGGCGGACGACAGCAAGAUCUCCCCCGACGAGAUCCUCUUCGAGGGCUGCGACUUCAACCACUGGCUCAUCACCAUGGAGUUCCCGGACCCCAAGCCCUCCCGCGAGGAGAUGAUCGAGACCUAUCUCCAGACCCUCGCCAAGGUCGUCGGGAGUUACGAGGAGGCUAAGAAGAGAAUGUAUGCUUUUAGUACAACAACCUAUACUGGUUUUCAGGCUGUAAUGGAUGAGGAUACGUCAGAAAAAUUCCGCGGUUUGCCUGGAGUUGUUUUCAUUUUGCCUGAUUCUUACCUAUAUCCAGAGACAAAGGAGUACGGAGGAGACAAAUAUGACAAUGGUUUGAUCACUCCAAGACCACCGCCUGUUCAUUAUAGCAAACCCUCAAGGACUGAUAGGAAUCGUAACUACCGAGGAAACCCCCAGGAUGGCCCUCCACAGCAAGGAAAUUACCAGAACAGCCGCCCUCCGCAAGGAGGUUAUCAGAAUAGCCCGCCACAGCAAGGAAACUUCCAGACAUACCGCUCUCAGCAAGAUGGAAGAAGCUAUCCCCCACAGCAGAAUUAUGCACAAGGUGUACAAGAUGCUAGAGGUUUUGGGGGGAAUGAUUAUGCAGACCGUUCAGGUUACAGUAGACCACCUGGUGGCUUCCAAGGUCAAGCACAUCAGUACCCAGGGAAUCCAGCUGGUCAAGGUCAAGCUUACGACAAUCCCCAAGAGCGCAGGAACUUCUCGCAAGGACAGGGAGGAGGUUUCAGGCCUGGUGGCCCUUCACCACCUGGAUCUUAUGGCCAACCAUCACCACCUGGAUCUUAUGGCCAACCAUCACCAACUGGAUCUUAUGGCCAACCAUCACCACCUGGAAACUAUGGCCAGGCACCUCCAUCAGCAUAUCCUGGAGGUAGCAGAGUUCCUGGUGUGAAUCCUAGUUUUGAUGGGGAGAGCAGACAGGGGGCUGGACCGGCAUAUGGUGGAGAUAACUGGCAAAGAGGUUCUGGUCAAUAUCCUAGCCCAGGUGAAGGACAAGGAAACUGGCAGGGUAGGCAGUAAGAGCUUAAGCGUUCCACUGAAGACAAACGUGAGACUUGCGAUGUAGAAACCCCCACCUGUAAAAUGAACGACUGGUGCAUUACUUUAUCUUUUCUUUUCAUUCAAACUCUAAACUUACUGGCAUGUGUUGCUACCAAAGUUAUGGAUGCAAACUUAUUUUUGUUUGUUGGUCCGGAAGUUGGUAUUUUUAAAUAACAAAGAAUGUGGAACGUUCUUUUGUCUCUA